GCAUAUGUAUAUAUAUAUCGAGGGUUUGUGUGUUCAUAUCAUUUUAUUCUUUUACAUCCCUAGUGGGACAUAGGGCUACAGGUUAGGGCCUUGGAGUAUCAGUAGCAGUGGUGUUUACUUUCAGUGUGUGGGGUUGUUAGUGCCAAGCCCAACCUUACCACAGCACAUUUAGAAUUUAAACACCAGUAAUUAUCAAUGGAAACGCAACAACCACAUGAUAAAGGCGAUUUUCGCAUUUAAAAUACUUAUAUUCGUUAAACUGUCAUAGCCGAAACCAUAGUAAACUUGAACAGCCAAUGAGACUUCAAGUGUGAAGGUUAUAAAUUUCAAUGAAACAUGUUGCGAACUUAGUAUUAUACUGUAUAGUUGUCGCUUAUGUGUUGUAAAAAUGUCUGCCUGUCAAUGCACAGAUGAUCUAUAGGGAAAUAAUACUAUGCAUAAUAGAUGCAUUCUGCCAGGUGAUUGUCCCGAUCGGACAAUGUUGCAAACAAAAAGGGGGCAUUCUUGGGGAAAGGCGGACCUACGUAGUUCAUGGUUUCAACUAUGAUACGAUAUGAAAUGUCCCUGAUUAUUAAAGCUCUUGGUACGCCUGGCAUAAAAGCAGCUCUGAAGAGACAACUUAAAGGAAUGCUUGAGAAUGGUGCUCACUUAUUCAAUGUCGAAAAUCUCGGUCUGCGGCGACUGCCGAAUGUUUUCCAUGUCCAAGGUGAACGGCAAUACGAAGGCCACUAUUUCCUUAUUAAUUUCAACGCUCCUUACGAUUCAAUUACUCUGAUGAAGAAAAUAGCGAAUAAAGACUCCGAUGUCAUCAAAUGCUUCGCUAGCCUCAAAAACGACAACUGGGUUCCUCCGUGUUCAUUACCUGAUGCGGCCAAGUGUGAAUUUGGAGAAAUUCGUAAUCCGAAUUACGAAAAAACUGCUAGACGACGACAUGGUUACCGAAUGUACUAAACAAUAAACAAAAACCAAUGUAAAUAAUAAACUGAAAGUAGUUUACACUAGUUGCUUUUUCGCAUAUAAAUAUGUAUGCUCUUUGUUAAUAAAGCAGUGUUAUGGCAAAAAAGUAAAACAGACGUCAUAAAAUGAAUGGCAUUAUAACACUGUAAAAUGCAAAUGAUCACAUUUAGAGAUAAAAUAAAUUAGGGCCAAUCAACAAAUUUCGCUUAUUGUUUGGUUUAUUCACGCUACUACAUCAUAAAGUCAUCGACUGCGGUUGAACCAAGUGGAAUUCAUUUGCUUUUAUGUUGCAUUGAAAAUUUUAAAUGAACAAAGUAGAAGAUUGGUUAGAGAACCCGUUAGAAAUGCCACGUGGUGUUUAUUCUAAGAUUACGCAUCUCUGACAGCUUUUCCUUCUUUUAUCUCAUUCUUAAUGAUUUGAUACACCAUAAUUCUUGGUGCAAUUGAUUCCUUUUGAAUUAUUGAAGUUAUCGGUACCACAAUGAAACUGAAACUGCAACACUGAUCACAUGUUUAUAAUUGGUGGUUAAUUAAAAUUAAAAAUAACUGACAAGUGAAUCUGAAGAAAUAAACUUUGUCAAUUAGCAGAUUUAAUGGUGGUAAUUAUAUUCAUUAAUUUGAUCGAACUGUGAAAGUAGUUCUGUGCAUCAAUUGAAUUGGUUACACUUCAAAAAAGCUUGUAAAUAAGGCAAUCCA